GCGCCUACUGUGUCAUUGCAUUUAAAAAAAGCAUUUUUUUGCUCUAUGGUUUUUUUAUUUCCUUGGUGUCAAGAAGCGAAAGCUUGCGUUUUCUGAUUUUACCAAAAUAUACGCCUAUUAUUUGAUGACUUGUUCAAAUAUCUGGAUAACAUACACUGUGUGUGGUUUGUGCAUGAAAUCUAACGGAAUAGGCAGUAAUUAGUCUGUAAUACGCGAAAUGGCGGCCGAAGCGCAAGUUACCGAUAUACUAUGUGAAGCUAUGGAAUAUCUUACCAAGCUCGGAUCGAAUCUCCGGUCUCGAUCUGUGUCUCUCAAGGAGAAGAAAAUACGAAAAGAUAAGUUGAAAAACUCACAUGCUAUACAAAAGGCGGCAAAAAAAGUGUUAUUGAUUUGUGAAUUGUCUAAAAAGUCCCUCCAAAAUGUAGAAAACAGCAUGAAAGGGAUAUUGGAGCAAAGUGACGUCUUGCAAAAAGGUAUCGACGAAGGCGGGAAAACAUCAACUGCUGAUAAAGCUUCUUCAAAAACAAUUACCAUUUCUGGGAAACAAUAUACACUUAGAAUACCAAAAAAUGUUAAUUUGAAGCAUUAUAAGUCAGUAAAAGUAAUGACUAGAUCAAUGCCUUUGCAAAUGAUGGAAAAGUAUCCAGUUUACCAUAAGUGUAAAUUGUACACCUUGCGAAAGAAGAAUGUUAAGUCAGAAUAUAAUAAAAGCAAUGAAAACUCUGAUAUUGAAAGCAACACAGUACAAGAUAUAAACAAUGAAAAAAAUGAGCAACAUGACUCUUCAUUUGAAUCUGAAAGUAAAAAAGAUGUAACUGAAACCAGUACUAACAAGGGACAUAAGAUUGAAACUAAGAAAUCUUCCCAUUCGGAAAUAAAAAAGAAAGCGAAGGCUAAUAAAAUAUCUAGUGAAGAGAGUAAUGAUAGUGAAUCCGAUAUUAAGAAGAAAAAGUCGAAAGAACAAUCUAAAGAUGAUAAUAGUAAUGAAUGUGACUCUCCAAAAAAGAAAGAGAAGACUGUUAAACCUUAUAAACACAGAAAAGUCAUAGAUGAUAGUUCUGAAAGUGAAAAUGAUCAAGAUACAAAAACUAAUAAAUCUAAAGAAUGUGAAUUGGAACAGGAAAAUAGGCAUAUGAAUAAGUCUGAUGAAGUCAUUGAAUGUGGAUUUGAGCCGGAUGAUGGACAUGUGGCAAAAUUACCUGUUGAGGAUUUGGAAGAGAAAAAUGUUGAUUCUGAUACUAAAUCUAAUAAAGUAGAUGAUUCAAAUGAUUCUUGUAAGCAGAGAAAAGAAGAUGAUGAAAAUGAUGUGGUUGUGGAGCAAAAUGUCACUGCCACAUCUGUAGUUACCAAACCCUUAAUAAAAUGCGUGAAUAUUGAUAAAUUACUCAAACCGGAUGUGUCCAAAGAAGUAAAAAAAAAAGAAGCGGUUGUAGUUCAUAUGAAUAACAAACGUGAACUGAAGUCUAAAAUUAUAGACUUUAGUGUACCUGCCUUUGGUGCAAACAAAGAAAUAUUUCAUAAAGUUACCAAUCUUGCUGCAGCAUUAGCGAAGAAGGAAUUAAAGGAACUUGAAGCAAAAAAAAAUGUACAGAGAGUUAUUACUCAAAAUGAUGAAAAUUUCUGGGUUUCUAAAAGACAAGAGGUGAAAGAUUUUAAACCUAAAAAAUUCAGUAUUAACAUCGACAGACUUCCACCUAUGUUUCAUUCAGAGUUUUUAUAUCAAAAUAAUCUAAAAAGAAUUACUCUCAAUGGUUCUAUUUUAUGUGAAGUCUCCAAAGACUCCAUCAAUGAAGAUGAAGGUGAUAUUCACAAUAAAACCAAUGAUGUGAUUCAUACUAAAAAGUCGAGGGAAGAUUUAGAUAGUCCAAUUCAAGACCAGGUGUCUAAAGCGAAAAUGACUUUGUUGGAUGAUUCAUAUGUAGAAAAUCCUUCUCUGCCUCCUGUUUUAAUAGAUGAAACUGAAAAAAUUAAAAAAUCUUUGCUAAAUGAUUCUGAAUCAGACAAAGACAAGACACCACAAAAACAAAAGACUAGAUCUAGGAAGUGUUCGGUUAAUAAAGCAAUUGAUAAUAAAAAAAAUAAAAGUGAUUCUUUGAAAUCACAACAUAAUGAUAAAGUUUCAAAAGAAAAUAAUGGAGAUUCACAAGUGGAAGAAGAAGAUGAUGUGUCUUUAAAAGAAAACAAUGAAGAUUCCCAAUCAAAGGAAGAAAAUGACAAGUCUUUAACUGAAAACAAUGAAGAUUCACGAUCAAAAGAAGAAAAUAAUGAAUCUUCAAAUAUAAAUAAUGAUAAUACAGAAUCCAAAGAAGAAAAUGAUAAGUCUUUAAAUGAAAACAAUGAAGAUCCACGAUCAAAGGAAGAAAAUAAUGAAUCUUCAAAUAUAAAUAAUGAUAAUUCACAAUCCAAAGAAGAAAAUAGUAAAAUUUUAAGAAAAAAUGAUGAAGCUGCACCAUUAAAAGAAGAAACUGAGAAAACUUUAGAAAGAGAAAAAACAUCAACAAACAAAAAUCAAGACCAAGAUCUAGCAAAAUCUUCUUUGUUAAAUGAAUCUUCUGGUAGUGGUUUAGAGACACCUUCUAAAAAAAGGAAGAGAGAGGAUAGUACUCCACAGUCUCGAAGAAAACAUAUAAUGGAGAAUAUGCAUGCAAAGAAAAUGCUUUUGACUUACUCCUCGAGUUCUGAUACUGAAGACGAGAAAUUGAAAAACGUAAUUAAAAAUAUCAAGGACUCUUUACUGAAAGAAAUGGGAUCAGAUGAAGAGGCAACAAAAGAGAGUGUUAAGAAAAAAAUACCUUCGAGUUCAGGCUCAGAGUCUGAGGAAGACAUCUUAAAGAGGGUUAGAAAAAGAAAAAAAGCGGCGAAAACUAAGAAAACUAAGAGGCCAUCCCCGAAAAAGGAUAAAGAAGCUAAUAAAAGUUGCAAUGAAUCUGAAAAUAGUGAUGCUGACAUGAGUAAUGAUUCUAAUGAUCAAUCAGCAAACAAACAGUCAAAUUCCAGUAAUAGCAAGAUGGGCCGGUCUAGAGAGAAACCAGGGGGCAGCAGCAGCCAAAAUUCAGACACUCGAGAUGACAAAGAUAUAGAGGGAUUGACGAAUCUAAACUCCUUGGCCAAGUCCCAUCGGCGGCGGGACUCUGACUCUGACAAGGCAGACUCCAGCUCCACCAACAAAAAGAAAGAAAAAAAGAUGUCGAAGUCCCCACUAAUCACCGGCGAAGGUUUGUUGGAAGUGCCAGAAAGUUCAGGCGAAGCCAGUGGCGCGGAGAGCGAGGGCCUGGAGGAAGAUUUACUACCACCUGUGACGUUGCCAGGUUUAAAUGGAAGUGGUAUGGAGUACCUCGUGAAAGAUGACCUACUGGGGGAAUCUGAAUCGGACAGUUCCAAGGACAAAAAUUCGGACGCGAAAAAAGAUGAUUCGGACUCCGAAAAUGUAAAAGCCAGACGGCGCAAAGCGAACGCGAUAUCAUCAGACUCUGAAGCAGGCUCGUCACGUCGCAAAGAGGAGAAGGAUGUGAGGCUGAGUGACUUCGAGGACUCAGAGGAAGAGAGUUCAGAGCCUAUGAAGCGGAGCAAGCGGAAGAAGAAGACCAGCGAUAGUGACGCUUCUGCCGGGUCGUCUAAUGAAGGUAAAAAGAAACGAAGGCGUAUAAAACAAAUGAACGACAGUGACGCGUCGGGAUCUGAUUCCGAGACUGAAGGGAAAAGCAAGCAUGGCAGAAAAAAUAUUCGUAAAGUCAUGGGUAAGAAUCAGCUGGAAGAGGCUACGAAGAAGGCGGCGCGAGAGGAGAAAGAGAGGCUGGCACGUAUUGUGGAGCGACAGAAGAUGUACAACAAUGUGGACUUCGACGAGUCCGGGAAACCAGACGAGGUGGUCCUGGACAAGGUGGUCCUGGACUUCGACCCUGACACGAAGGAGCCGCUCAUUGAGGUGGACAGAGGACUUGUGAAGAAACUAAAACCACAUCAGGCAAACGGCAUUAAGUUCAUGUGGGAUGCUUGUUUCGAGAGCGUGAAGCGAAUCAGGAAGGACAAGGGGUCAGGGUGUAUCCUCGCCCACUGCAUGGGGCUCGGGAAGACGUUACAGGUGGUGUCGCUUACUCACACGCUACUGACGCACAGCGACCUAACAGGCGUCAACCGAGUGUUGGUGGUGUGCCCCCUGUCCACAGUGCUCAACUGGGUCAACGAAUUCCGCAUGUGGCUCAAACACGCGGAGAGGGACUACGAGGUCGAUGUGUACGAGUUGUCUAGGUACAAGCAGAACUCUGAGCGCGCUUUCCAGCUGUCCCAGUGGUUCACGCACGGCGGCGUGUGCGUGCUGGGCUACGAGAUGUUCCGCAACCUGUCCGCAGACAACAACAAGAAGUUCAAGAAGAAGAUGCUGCGCCAAUUCCAGGAGAGCUUAGUGGACCCCGGUCCGGAGCUGGUGGUGUGCGACGAGGGCCACCUGCUCAAGAACGAGAAGACCAGCCUCUCUCAGUCCAUGAACCGCGUCAUCACGCGGCGCCGCAUCGUGCUCACCGGCACGCCGCUGCAGAAUAACCUCAAAGAAUACUACUGCAUGGUACAGUUCGUCAAGCCCAACCUGCUGGGCAAGUACAACGAGUACCUCAACAGGUUCGUGAACCCCAUUACCAACGGUCAGUACACGGACUCCACCGAGCACGACAUCCGCGUCAUGAAGCGGCGGUCGCACGUGCUGCACAAGAUGCUGGACGGCGCCGUACAGAGAAGAGACUACGGCGUGCUCGCUCCGUUCCUGCCGCCGAAGCAUGAGUAUGUGCUGUUCAUCACACUCACCGAAGUACAGAUCAAGCUGUACCAACAUUACUUGGAUAACUACUCUAGAAGGCCACUCCCGGGAAAGUCGUCAGGCUUCCUGUUCCCGGAUUUCCAAUCGCUGCAGAGGAUAUGGACGCACCCGCUUGUGCUCAAGUACAACUCGGAACGGUACGAGAUCAUGCAGCAGAAAAAGAGGGAGAGAGAAGAAGAAGACUCGGAGGGGUCUCUAGUAGACUUCAUUGAUGAUGAUUCCACGCCUGAUGAGAGUUCAACAGAUGAGUCGUCGGGUGAUCUAUCAGACAUGAGCGAUGACAGCCGGAAGAAGAAGAAGAAGAAGUCACCCAAGAAGAGCAAGACGAAAGAUAGCAAGGUGGCGUCGCGCCGCGGCACAAGGGCUAACCCAGUAGAACACUUGGAAGACGAGGAGCCGGACCCAGACAUUCUGGAAGUGAAGAAUGAAAACCCGACGGAGUGGUGGAUCCCGCUGGUGACGGACGACGAGAUCGAGGACAUGCGCAACUCGCACAAGCUGGUGCUGCUCUUCGAGAUCCUGCGGCAGUGCGAGGCUAUCGGCGACAAGCUGCUGGUGUUCUCACAAUCAUUAUACUCGCUGGAUCUGAUCGAACACUUCCUGGGGAAGGUUGACGAGGCGACGCAAGAGGGGCGGAUCGACGAGAAGCUGGGCGGCCAUGUUGGGUCGUGGUCACCAGGCGUGGAUUACUUCAGAUUAGACGGGUCGACGUCGUGCGAGAACAGAUCCAUCUGGUGCAAGAACUUCAAUAGGGAAGACAACCCUAGAGCUAGAUUAUUCCUAAUAUCGACACGGGCCGGCGGGCUGGGCAUCAACCUAGUAGCAGCAAACAGAGUGGUCAUCUUCGACGUGUCCUGGAACCCGUCACACGACGUCCAGAGCAUAUUCCGCGUCUACCGGUUCGGACAGAAGAAACCUUGCUAUGUCUACCGGUUUUUGGCUAUGGGUACAAUGGAGGAAAAGAUCUACGAGCGUCAAGUGACGAAGCAAGCGAUAUCGAAGCGCGUGAUAGACGAGCAGCAGAUCGACCGGCACUACGCGGAGAACGACCUCGCCGAGUUGUACAAGUUCGAGCCGCGCCCUCCCGCGCCCCGCCCCGUGCCCCUCGUGCCCAAGGACCGGCUGUUCGCGGAGAUGCUCAAGGACCACGAGGCUGUGAUCUACAAGUUCCACGAGCACGACUCCCUGCUGGAGAACAAGGAGGAGGAGACGCUGAGCGAGGAAGAACGCAAGGCGGCCUGGGAGGACUUCGAGAACGAGAAGAACCGCCCGCCGCCCGCGCCCUUCCCCAACUGGCCCAUGCACAACGGAAUGGUACCGAACCUACUGGCGCAGCAGCAGCAGCAGUUAGCGUACGCGGCGCUUGCGCAGAUGCUGCGCAAGGACAUGCCCAACCUCAGCGACGAGAACAUACGCAACAUGCUGCCUAUCAUCUACGGCACCAACCCGGGCCUGAUGCAGAAACUCUCGGAUAUGUAUAAGUACGCGCAGCCCGGUAUGAUGAACCCCGGGAUGAUGAACCCUGUUAUGAGUGCUGGCGGCGGCGCGGGAAGCAUGGGUGGCGGCGGCACGAGCGGGCUGCAGUACGAGCCCCCGUGGCAGCGACAGCAGCAACAGCAGCAGCAGAUGCGGCUGCAGCAACUCAUGCAGCAGCAGAACCAAAUGGGCGCGAAGUUCUACGCGGGCGGUUUGGGCAGCCGCGACCCGGUGGCCAUGGCGCUGCAGCAGCAGCGGGCGCGGGAGAUCAUGCUGGGGGGUGGCGGAGGGGGCGCCGCGGGGGGCGCGGGCCGGCCGCGCGGCCGCCCGCCGCUGCAGGCGCGCGCGCCGCCCGCCGCGCCCGCCGACGUCGUCAACCUCGACUCCGACUAG